AUUAGAUAACAUCUUUGACUUUACCGUUUUUCCUUCGUUUCGAAAACCCCAAGACCCAAACGGUGUGUCAAAUUCAAUUAGUUCCGGAAAAUAUUACAUAAAUUUUUUAUAUAAAGUUAAUGGUUUAAGCCCAACCGCCCAGUAGCUGGGCCACAAGUCUAAACAUCAACAUGCGCGUGGUUUUGAUUUUUCUAAUAUACUUCCUCGCGGUAACACACUUGGUAUGGACAGAAGAAUCCGAAUCAGAAAGGGAAGAGGAUAAAAACGAGAAAACGGAGAAUGCAAUUGAAAAGCCAGUUAACGAAAUAGAAAACGAAGUGCAGGAAACCGAAAGUGAAAGAGAACAAACAGAAAAUGAAGAAGAAGAAAUCGAAAAGGAAAGUGACAACGAAGUUAUUGAAAAAGAGGAUGUUGGUGACAUGGAAGACGGCUUUUCGUUCCACAGGUACAACGGACCUGUCAGCGGAAAAGUGAGAAAAGUUGUAGUUCCAAAUACCAAUCCUCAGCGUCAAGGAAGCACUAGUGUAGAUUAUGUAGGAAAACCAGACUACUCAUUUGGUUAUGGUGUUCAUGAUGAUAAAUCGAAAACUUCUCAUCUCCACGUAGAGUCUAGAGAUGGAAACGCAGUCCAUGGCGAAUAUAGGGUGUUACAACCAGAUGGAUUAGUUAGGAUAGUCCGAUAUUCAGCACAUCCUACCACAGGAUUUCAAGCACACGUUUCUUACACUAAAUAUUGAUAAAUUAAUUAAUUUUGUAAAGGAAAAUGUAAAGAUCGACUGAUUAGUUGUAAAGAAUUACAUAUAACUUUAUUUAAUAACUUUUGAACCAAAAAAUAUGCAUCUUCUAGGCUUUUUCCC